GAAGGGAUGUAACGAAGUUAGGUUUGGCAGUUAGGGUUUUACAGGAAUCGAUAAUGGGUGGAAGAGGACGGAAAAGGAGGGAGAAAAACUACUUAGCGGCGCAUGGAGGAAACUACAAUCGGCUACCACCGCCACCUGAUCCUUCCCAACUCGACGCUUUGCCCUCUAAGCUUCGUACCCUCAUCUCCUUGACUUCUCCUCAACCCGAAGGGUCUACAAGGGAUUCAAAGAAAGCUCAGAAGAAGAGGAAGAAUGAAGACGACGCUUCAGAGUUAAAAUCGGGUGACAAAGAUGAAGUUAAUUUGAAAACUACUGUAUUCAAAGAUUUGAAUUUGAGCAAUGAUCAUGAUGACACUGUCGAGAAUAGCGCAAAAGAAAAGAAAAAGAGAAAGAGAAAGGCAGUAGAAGACCUUCGCUUUGUAGGAGAAAUGGAAAAAUCAAACAAUAGUUCAAAAAGACGGGAGCACAAGAAAAAAUACUUGGAAGCCCGGAAAAACAAGCAUAAAAAGGUGAAGAUGGAAGAAAAUCUAAACUUCCCAGGACAUGAGAAGAUCGAAUUUGGAGAUAUAGUCAAAGCUCCACUAAAGCUGCUAACCGUUCCCAAGGUUAAGAAAACACAAGAUGUUUCACAUGAGCUAGUUAGGUUACAGGCUAUUGAGUCAUAUAGGAAAAGCAAAGGAUGGUCCUCGAGGCCUGGAAUUCAUCUCCCUCUUCCUGCAACGGCUCCAACCGAAGGACAAUAGUCCCAUUUACAAUCUCAUAUUCAUAAUAUUCAUCUGAUUGUCCAUGUCGCAUGUGAGACACAUCUCGAUCUAAAGUUUCUCUAUAGAACUAGGUUCUCUGUUCCUCAAAAUUUUGUAGUCUAUAGAAGUUGUUUGGUUCAUGGGCCAAUUGAGGUGGAGAAUUGUUAUCUUUACGAAUUUUGUAAUGUUUGGAAAGAGAGAAGUGAAGGUACUGUGUCAUUUAUAGAUCAUGAGUCAUGAAUUUGUCAUAAAUUAGGGAAUUACCAUGUCCAUAAUGUGCAACUUCAAUUUUUUUUCCUUCAAAAACAUGACUAUAGAAAAAGCUGCAUCUUUUUAUUA